AUGGAGAAACCAUCGCUUGCGCCUCGGCCAACAGCACUCAGCGCUCCUCGAGACAGCUUCAAGAACCAAUUAGCGGCUCUCCAGACCCAGAGGACUCCAGCUCACCUUGACCCAGACCUUGAGGACUUCGACCUCCUGAGGAAUGGGUUCGCCGAAGCCAUCGGCAUUCAGGACCUCCCCGGUCAUCGUGACCGCCGCUUCCAUUAG